AAAUCGUGUAUCCAUGUGCGCGCGGAUUUCGUUACAUCGUACAAUUUCACUCCCAGGAUGUUUUCCUAACGCCGCUAAACAAUUAUAACUUCAAAAAAAUACCAGUUUCCGAAAGGGGAGAGGGAGCCUUAAGGAACGUGGAGGGAAGAGACGGACCGGAGGCAUCAAUAGUGACAAAAAUCGGGAUUGUUUUGUGAAAUCGGUGUGUGUGAAUGUUUAUAUCGAAAAUUUUUGGGAUUUUGAGGACGCGCCUUUUAGCCCGCUCUUUUUCCAUUCACUGACAAAUUAUCAGAGAUUUAAAAAAUAAACCAACUAACCCGUGCACUAUUCAAGAGCUUUAAAGAACAAGCUUACAAAAUUAUAUAAGAAUAUAUUACAUCAACAAUAGACAUUUGAAUUACCCGAAUUAGAAAAAUUACUCUACUAAAUUCAUGGCUGUACAGUGCUAGACCUUUGCCUUUUCCCUACGGGAAAGAAUAAAGAAAAAUAAUAUGUCAAUUGUCAUUUUUCAAUUAAAAUGAUUUUGUCAAUUCACGUUUAUUUGAUUCAAAUAUUAAAACUAUCUACUUAAAUUCAUUGUAAUGAAUCGAAGAAACAAACAUAACUAGCAUAUUGAGUCAUAUCGAUCAUGGAGGUGGGCAGUUCACCGAGGAAUGUAACUACGAAACGGCGGGUCAAGUACCGCAAGAGUUCGUGGGCCGUUCAGGAGUUUGAAGUGUGGAGCGGCGAGAUGGUCUGCCGCGGGGCCGUGCUGCGCACCCAGGGCGGCGUGCUGCUGUGGCUGGGCGGGCGCGAGGCGCGGCUGGGACACGUGGCGCUGGGCGUUCCGCGCGCGGGCGGCGCGCUGGCCACGCCGCUGCUGGGCGCGGCCGACGACGCGGUGGGACACGCGCGCCGCCUGGCCGCCGCUUUGGCCUGCCCGGCGCACGUGUGCUGCGGCCAGGACUUCGACCGCUUCGCGGCGCCGCUCGUUGCUCGCGGCGUGGCGGCCGCGCUGCGCGCGCAGCCGGACCCCGUCUGAGCCGGGACCGGCGCUGUGCCUCCACAGUCCACUUACUGUUCAACAGCUGCUGCUGCUAUGAGUGCACCUUGAAAGUUCAAAGUGGGCAUGCUGUGAAAUGAGAUGAUUGUAUGUGAUUCUACUAAUAAAAUCUCAGCUGCACAUGAA